GUCUUCAACUCAUUUGUAUUCUGUUUUGUAUCCUCAUUCAUUACCUGCUUCAUCCUUGGACCUUUGCCGUCUGGUAUACACACUCUUGAAUAUCUGACGAGUGUACAAAGGUUACAUAUCGGGAACUCUGUUUUAUCAAAACCUUGACAAGUUAGAAACAGCAAUAUCUGCUAGUAUUCUUUAUUUUAAACUUGCCCAUCGCUCAUCAACGUUCAAAUAGCCAAUUGUUUCUCAAAAGUGUCGACAUUGAAAAGCUGCCAUCAGUAGUUUAAUCUCGUCUAGUACUCAAUAAUUAUUACCUCAUUCUUCAUCUAUCUUGCUUGACGCAUCUACGCGACAAACCAUCUUCCCAGCACUCGCUUUUCCGCUCUACAUCAAACUCAAAAUCUUGGCUACAUAAUUAUAAUGAUUCCUGACCACUACGACCACCGACAUAAAAAGCCAUAUGUGUCAGCAGUCGCACCACACUCACGAGCGCUAAAUGUGCCCAAUGAAUCAUGGCUUAUGGAACAUUUGCGAGCUGCCAUCGCUGACGUACCAUGGAAACCCAUUCUUCAACGAGUUCCUGGACUGCUGAUUAUCUUCAUACUUUUGUUUGCCCUGUUCGGCUCUACUUACACCCCGUGGGCAUUUGCCUCAUAUUUCUUGUUAUUGCACGGCAUGUUUGUUGCAAAUAGCUUACGCACAGCAUAUGCCGUCUUUGUUGCUUACACACACUCCAAGGCUCACUCCAUGACAGAUUGGUACGCCAAGUAUUGCCGUGAAACGGGUGUCGUUGGUGGUUCUGACAAUACCCACGACCUCGCCUUUGAUCACAUUAUGCAUAUUAUUAUUGUUCCAAACUACAAGGAGACCAUGGACACUCUAUGUGAAACCUUGGAUGUAUUGGCCUCGCAUCGCAGAGCCAUGACUCAGUACAAGAUUUGUAUGGCUAUGGAAGAGGCUGAAAUGGGUAGCUCUGAAAAGGCUCAAGAGCUGCUGCUCAUGUACGGCGAGCAUUUUUAUGAAAUCACAUAUACAAUUCAUCCAUCUGGCAGGCCAGGAGAAAUUCGAGGAAAGUCGAGCAAUGUUGCUUGGGCUGCUCGCCAAAUGGCUAUGCGAUGCGGGCCUCGUCAUGACCACGAAAUUGUCACUGUAAUGGAUGCUGAUACUGGAUUUGCUGAAGACUAUUUCCUGGCCAUGUCCUACCACUACGCUGUUGCUUCUCCAGAGCAGCGCCGCAUUAUGCUAUUUUGUCCAUCCACAGUCUUUGAUCGCAAUGCCAAGAACGUUCCCUCGUUUGUGCGAGUCACUGACAUGUUUUGGUCCAUUGGUGUUAUUUCAAAUCUAUAUCCAAGCUCUCCUGUCAAGAUUCCUUGCUCAGCCUACUCGGUCUCGAUGGACUUGGCUAUUUCUAUAGGGUUUUGGGACACUGAUCCUGGCUCUAUUGGAGAGGACAUGCACAUGUAUCUCAAGUGCUUUUUCUCCACCAACGGCCAGCUCAUUGUAAAAACCAUAUUUUCUCCUGCAUCACAAUGUAACAUUGAAGGCACUGGAUCUGGUGUUAUGGGCUACCUUGAUGGGUUUACUGCUCGCUAUGUCCAAGGAAAGCGCCAUCUUUGGGGUACUCUAGAUUUUGGCUAUGCACUCCGUCGCACUAUCAUGUCCUAUGUCGCUCCAGAGACUCAGGGUAUUGUUCAGCUUAAAAACACCAAUUAUUCCAAGUUUGGCAAGGAUGAAACUCAAGCUGGAACUAUCAAGCUUUCUUUGUUGCUGACUCUUGCUCACCGUUUGGUAGAGUGUCACAUUUUGAUGGGCCAAUUCCUGUCUCUGGUCGCACUGACCGCCUUGGUGAUCCCUUCAAACAAUAGCAUCUAUCUCCCCAUCUCCGAGUAUAUUUGGUCAUUCCUAUCACCCACAGAAACAGUCAACCCUGUAGUACUGUUUUCUCUAAAUGCCGGCUUUUGGAUUCGACUUGCGUGUGUCGUCUUCAAUCUACCUACAUUUUACUAUUAUGAAAAAUAUCACCAAUGGGUUGGAUUCGAUCGAUGGAACCUGCAAGAUCGCUCCGAAGGUCUUUCUGGUCGUCGUGUCGACUCUGCUGCUGAUCUCUCGUAUAUUCCCGAGGGUGUCUUUCCUGGCUAUGAUCAACCCAAAGUCCAGUACAUUGGUCUGCGUCCUCAAUUGGCUUCUCCUAGAGUGUACCCAUGGGCCGUGUUGGACUGGGUUGCUACUCCUUUUUCCGGCUUGCUCUUUUUCUCGGGUCCGCAAUAUCAUGCUCAACUAUCGCAUCUUUUCACCGAUCGUCUCGACUACAAGGUUGCUGCAAAACCUACACUGAAUAGAGCAAGUGGCUUGCUGCCACUUGCAUCUACAGAUUCAUUGGUUCCUAUUGCAUUUACUGAUGUGCUUGUAGAAACAAACACUAGGCAUCGUUCAAACUCAUUCCAUUCUCUACCUAAUCUGCUGACACCUAUACAUCUCAAGGCAGGUGUACCGCUUUCGCCUUUAUCAUCACCUUCUCCCAGUGUUCUGUCAUCACCCAGGGCCUCGGUCUCUUCUGCUUCUUCUGCCACAACCCUAAUUGCAGCUGCAGCCUCUGCAGCUGCAGUGUCAGGACCUACCCACUCAAGCUUUUCCACCUACACUUCCAGCAAAUACGACGAAUUUGAAGCUACCUCGACGAUCUCAUCCAAGGGUGACGAGGGUUAUUUUGACGAAACUGACGAUUUAGUGCCGUCUGUUACCACAACACAUUUUGUUGCUUCUCUUGGCGCUCCGCACUCAAUCGCAAGCCAUAGUGGCAAUAUGUCACAUACGCAGGGAUCGGCUGUGUCUGUCCAUGUAUAAAGUUAUUUUUCUCCU